UAGAAGUGUGAUUGCGGAUGGCUCACAGCGUUCAGUUAGCUGCGAGGAGUCAAGCCCCACGCAAUCGGAAAUGAGAAACGAAGCAAUUUCCGUGCUGUUAGUGUUGCUUCCGUUCUGGAGUGUGGUUUGGGCGGCGAGAGAUAUAUUCGAUGGAAUGACGAUGGAAAUCUCCGCGACACCGGCUGAAGACAGCUAUGAUGAUACCCUGGUGAAUGAUGGGGAAAAUGGUGCUAACACUUGCAUAAACGACAUCGUUCCGCAAGACCCGAUCGUCUUGAGUCCUGAUACCGGUCCGUUGAAGAAGUUUGGAAGUCUAUUACAAAAAAUGCCCGAAGCUCCACAGUUGCCCAACUUUGCCAACGUGCUUCAGCAGUUAGCAAAUGCGUUCAAGCUUUCAAGGUUUUCCGAAAUGAGCGAUGUAUUAAAACAAAUUAUUCGUUCUUACCGAGAGCCGCUCCAAGUGUACGGUAAGCAAUGGGCGGGAUUGUUUAAAAAGCGCUGCCAAGAAAUAAUGCAAAACGUCAAGACGGUUGUUGAUGAACAAAAUAAAAAAAUUAGAGAUUUUUUCUCCAAUCACUUUGUCCAGUACAAGGAUGUCUGCUUGCCGGACACAAACCAGUGUCUGCAAGGUAUACAGACGAAUCUUGAGCAGUACACAUCGAAGCUCAACGAAAAUCUGGCGGCUUGUAAACGAUUUACGGAUCGGCAGUUGACACAACAUGCCCAGUGGGUGGCAAAUGAGCGGAAGCAGCUGGAAAAGCCCUUUCUAAAACUGGACGGCUGCUUUAAGCGUGGCGCUAAUGGGACGAAUGUUGCCGUCUGCGUGGGGAAUUUGACAAGCAAUACGGUGAAGAAGCUCAGCGAUGGAAUGAAGAAGUUUUCUGGUGUAAUCGGUGAUGCGUCCGAUAGUUUUGCUAAUCGGAUGGAAAAAUUUCGCACCUGUGUUGUAGAGCGGAGGGAGCUGCUGCAGCGGGGUCAGCAACGAAUUGCUGACCGUGGUACCCAGUGCUUGAAAAAUCAGCCCAGCAAACAGGACGAACUAUUUACUUAAUAGAAAAAUUUUCCUGCAUUAGAAAUGGGAAAAGCUAAAUGUACAAUUCAAACAAUUGAAAUAAAAUGCAUAUGUUAGGAAACUAUCACCGUACCACUCGAACCAUUCCAAUAAAAAAAAAUAAAUUUGCCACGGAAUCAGCCUUGACUUAGCCUGUGCUUUGGCUUCUGACUGAGUUUAGCUCAGUGAUUGUACAGUAAAUUUUAAAUUGCCAAUAGUAUGUUGCCUGAAUGAUGGUAAUAAGAAUAUCAAGAGACUGCAAUGAAAGUGUUGUACAUAUAAAAAAAAUAUUCAAGAAUAUUCUUAAAAGCUGUACUGACACAUGCUAUGUGUCCGCAGAUACAAGUAUUUAGGAAUAUAAUUAAUAUAAUAUUUUACCUCGAACUUCUGAGAAAAAGAAAUUUUAAUGUGUGAAAAAACAUUAAAUUAUGAACGGUAUGAACCAGUUAGUGUUUAUAACAAACUCAACUUAAGGACUAAUUAAAAACUGGUUUAUUUCUCAAACAGCUACAUUUCGUAAUAAUGGCACGGCUCAGAAUUUUCGUUAUACAGUAUAACUUGUACGACGAAGCAUCCAAUUAUCAUGUUUGAAUAUUCCGAAACACUGUUUCGAGAACAAGACUACACAGCAUGAACUGAUAUCGCACCAGAGGACG